ACACGACGUUUAGGACACAUUAAAUGCCGUGAGACAGGACCGAUCGUCGCCCCCCCGGGUCACCGAGGUCACCGCGGCGCGGCGCGUUUGGUGCCGUUCGACAGCAGGUGGAACCUGCGGGGCUGAACCAGGAGCGACUGGAUCUUCCGCACGGAGUCGGUUCCCGAUCGUGGUCACAACAACGACAACAACAACAACAACAACAACGACGACAACAACGACAACCACGCCGAACCGUCUGAUCGCAGCGGAUUUGUUUGUGCGCGCAUCGGGGAACCCGGAGCGGCUCGCCCGAGCUGCUGUUCAGAGGCGCGCGCGGUCCCCUGGCUCCGCCCCCUGCGCGCCGCGUGACAACAACAACUCAUCCACACAGCCGAGCCGCACUUUCCAGCUCAUUUUCCUGCUGUCAUUCGUCCUCCUAUCUCUGAUCAUUGUCCCGCCGCUCGCCUACCACCCUCCCCCCCAUCUCCCCGACACCCCCCCCCCCCCCGAACGCGCUCACUCAGCACGCCUCGUUUCGGCAGCUCCUUUUGACUUGGUAACUUCUCCGAGGAGCCAAAACUCUGGUGGAUUCUUUCUUUGAGCGGCGUCUCGGCAGCAGCCUGGGUUUUUCCUCCUCUGAACUUCGGCUACCCCCCCCCUCCCCCCCUGCACCGCGCGCUGCCCCCCUCCUGUAGGUGACCAUGGCCGUGCCGGCUGCUCUGAUCCCACCAACUCCUCUGGUCGCGCCGCCUCCGAUCUCGACUGCGUCCAUGACGGCGUCCCCGCCGACGACCUCUUCGUCGCCGUCUCCAUCUCUGGCGCCGCCGCCGUCCGCGCCCGGGCAGAGCCUGUUCAGAUCGGAGCUCCUCGCCACCGGCAGCCCGGGCGUCCCCAACGCGGCGCUGCCGCCCGGCAAACCCGUGUACUCGACCCCGUCGCCCGUCGAGAACAUACCGCAGAACAACGAGUGCAAGAUGGUCGAGUUGCGCGGCGCCAAAGUGGCCUCGUUCACCGUGGACGGCUGCGAGCUCAUCUGCCUGCCGCAGGCGUUCGACCUGUUCCUGAAGCACCUGGUCGGCGGGCUGCACACCGUCUACACCAAGCUGAAGCGGCUGGAGAUCACGCCGGUGGUGUGCAACGUGGAGCAGGUCCGCAUCCUCCGCGGGCUCGGCGCCAUCCAGCCCGGCGUGAACCGCUGCAAGCUCAUCUCCAGGAAGGACUUCGAGACGCUGUACAACGACUGCACCAACGCGAGCUCCAGACCGGGCCGACCUCCGAAGAGGACCCAGAGUGUGACUUCGCCGGAGAACCCCCACAUCAUGCCCCACUCGGUCCCCGGCCUCAUGUCCCCCGGCAUGAUCCCACCCACAGGCCUGACAGCGGCGGCGGCGGCAGCUGCCAACGCAGCCAUCGCCGAGGCCAUGAAGGUCAAGAAGAUCAAGCUGGAGGCGAUGAGCGGCUACCACGGCAACGCCAACCACCACGACGGAGAGAACGGAGACCUGGGCUCCAGCGUCGGCCUGGAACUCCCCUUCAUGAUGAUGCCACACCCCCUGAUCCCCGUCAGCCUGCCCCCGGCUUCCGUCACCAUGGCGAUGAGCCAGAUGAACCACCUCAGCACCAUCGCGAACAUGGCGGCCGCGGCGCAGGGCCAGAGUCUGCCCUCCAGAAUGGUCACCUCUGUUAUAAAGGAACGGGUGCCGGACAGUCCCUCCCCUGCUCCCUCCUUAGAAGACCACCGGAGGCCCGGCAGCCACCCGUCGUCCCACCGCAGCAGCAGCGUGUCCAGCUCGCCGGCGCAAACGGAGAGCUCCUCAGACAGGAUACCGAUGCACCACAACGGCCUGUCCAUGAACCACGCCCUGCUGGGACUGUCCCCCAACAUCCCACCCGGGCCCAAAGAGGGAGACCUGGCCCACGACAUGAGCCACGAAAUGAAGAGGAUGCACACCGACAAAGGUGAGUCCUGCGGGACGGAACGGGGACGUCGAUUCCUUUCUGCUCACAACUUUCCUUCUACUCACUGUGCACAAUGUAUGAAAAACAACAGAUGUUCUGAGAAACAAGCGACUGACUACUGUGCUCUACUAAACUGGAUUUAUUUUAGCGGCAUAUCAAAUGAAUCUGAUCAGUUUAUGGGCCCCAGAGGUUUGCAGAUGUGCAGAAAAAUGAGUCCUGCUUCACCACUGACAGCAGCUCAAAGAUCUGCUGUGACACACACUGUUUCCCUGCUCCUCCCUUCUCGGUGUGUUUAUAUAUAUGUGUGUGUGUGUGUGUGUGUGUGCAGGGCUUUGCUCAAAGUGGCUAUCGACAACGCGCGCGCUCAGGAGAAGCAGGUGCAGCUGGAGAAGACGGAGCUGAAGAUGGAGCUCUUCAGAGAGCGGGAGCUCAGGGAGACUCUGGAGAAGCAGCUCGCCAUGGAGCAGAGAACGAGGUACUCGAUCGUUCAGAAGCGCCUGAAGAAGGAGAAGAAGGCCAAGAGGAAACUCCAGGAGGCCCUGGAGUACGAGUCCAAGAGGAGGGAGCAGGUGGAGCAGACCCUGAAGCAGCCCUCGCCCUCCGACAGCAUGCGCUCACUCAACGACUCUCUGACCCCUGAGAUGGAGAGCGACCGCAGCAGUGGAAGAACAGAUGCUGAAAGGACAAUACAAGAUGGAAGACUGUUCCUGAAAACCACCGUGAUGUACUGAUAAGGACCGCCGGGAGGAAAGAAGACAACAACAACAACAACAACAACAAAAUAAAAGAUUCUCAAGGCCCUCGUUCAGGCGGAUUUAGUGGAGGGAAGAAGUCGGGCGGCUCGCAGCGGCUCCUGUCUAGAACGGAGAGAAGGCCUUUUCCUCGCACAGCGGCCAGCGUGAGGCAGUUGGGUGGAGCAGGUUUGGACGUAGCGAGGACAAAACACAUGGAGCACAGUUAAAAAAAUAAAAAAAAGAAUAUGUACCCGUGGUACACGGUUGAUAAUAACCCCGUUGAUUCACAGCACUGAAGAUUUUUAUACUGUAUCUCAGCCAGAAAGCUUCGCGAAAAGAAAUUUGACUGAAGUUUUGGUUAUUUUGUAUUUUCAAAUUGAAUCCUGAGUGUGGAGAUGAACCUUUCGAGGGAGCGAGGGAAGAAAGAAAAAAAAUGUGAAUCUAUCCGUGUGUUUGUCGAACGAGUUUGAUUUUCAUGUUUUCUAAAUUAGAUGACAAUACAAUCAAGUUUCCUUUUUACCAUUGUUGUACAUAGAAGACCUGAUGAUGAUGAUAGGAAAACCCCUCUGAGGUGAGGUAUGUGUACAUAACGUUUAAGAGGUAUUGUGUAUGCAGUAGAGCUAUUAGGCAAAACAAUACCAACAUUUAUAUAAACCUACAGUUUGUUUUUCUUCUAUUUCUGAGCCAUCAUUCUUUCCUAUAGCUGCCAUUUUGGUGAGAAAGCAUGCAGGCAUGUCAAUGUUUGUCCUGGAAUUAUGAUAUUUAAUAAAUCCUAUAUUGUGCUGAACAAAUACUAGGGUUGACUCACUCGAGCCCAGACCGAUUUUUGAAGAAAGUAAUUAUCAAACAUUUCACUUUCAAAACGGAAGACUUUUGCUGUCAAUAGUACUGUAAUCUUUGUAACAGAGGUAAUAUUUCUUGGAAUUUACUGUACAUUUUUGUUUUGUCACGAGACUCAAAAUCAGCUCCUCUCAAAGCUGUAAAAAAAAAAAAAAAAAAAAAAAAAGGAAUUAUGAGAAACAAAUCAGCGGUGACGCAGCUUUGGGAGACAUUUGAUUGACACUUUCCUUCUGCAGAGUGUUUCAUGUCAUGAGAGAAAAAAAAUAGAACAUUAGCUGAAUCAUAAUCUCCCCGUUUCGUUCCCCUGAGGACCUUUGGAUCUCUGUGUAUAUUCCCACCCGGCUGACGUCAGCCCUUUAGCUGAGCAGCUCGACCAGGAGAGGAGGCGCGUCCCACCUUCACUCUGUGUUCCUUUCUGUUCUCUAUGGAGUGUCUAUCGGUCUGUUGUCACUGAUAACUUAUACACAGCUUCUCCAACCAUCUCUUCAUUGUACUUCAAAUUCAAAUAAAGUUAACAUGUUGAUGAUAAACUGUGAGAGUU